UGGAUGAUAACGACUUUGCAGAAUUUGAAGAAAUAGAUGAAGAAGAGGCAGCAUUUGAACAGCCUCCUCAGCAACAACAACAACAGCAACAACAGCAGCAGCAGCAAAAGCAGUUUGGAGAACAGCCCAAGAAGGUUGUCAUGGCACCAGUUGAUGACGAUGAGGAAGAAGACGGAGUUGUAGAGGAUGAGGAUGAGUUUGAGCACUUGGAUGAUGAGGAAUUUGAAGGCAUCGACCAAGACACGGUCAACCUGAGGAAGGGGAAGGAUCAGACCCCUCCCCCCUUGGAAAUAACAAAGAUUCCUCUUCACCUGAGAACCAACUGGGACAGUUUCUAUCUGGAAAUGCUGAUGUUGGCAGGACUGGCUGUCUACUUCCUCAACUUCAUUGCAGGGAAAACCAAGAACAGUAAACUGGCCACUGCCUGGUUUGACGCACAUAAAGAGUUGCUACAUAAAGAGUUCAGUAUAGUGGGUGAUGACGGCCAGUCCAAGGAACCCACAGAGAACCACCUAUUAAAGGAGUCAGAGCACACUUACUCCCUCUGGUGUAGUGGAAGAGUGUGCUGCGAAGGAAUGUUGGUGGAGCUGAAAUUAUUAAAACGCCAAGAUCUCAUCAAUACGAUAUCGCGGAUGUUGAGCCCAAAGUCAGAUCAGAUAUUGAUAAAAGUUACCAUGGAAGAGACAGAGAUGGAUAGUUUUGUGUUUGCUGUUGCUCAGAAGAAGGUGGCUUCCAAGCUGUUAAAAGAGCAGACAGAUCUGAACUUUUUCUGUGCUGAGAAGAAAGGUAUUGAUAAAGGGAAUAUCCCCCCGUCCCUGCAAGUGCUGAGUGAGAUAGGAGAGGCCACAUCUGCUGUAUUUGACAAGACUUUUUGUGCUGUGUUGAACAGAUAUGAGAGCAAUAUUGAGUUCAUUCACUUCUCAGAUCAGUACUCUGGCCCCAAGCAGCAAGAUCAAGACACCCCAACCACCCUCCCAGAAACCAAGAAGGUGCUUCUGUUUUGCUUCAAUGUUGGUGACAAAGGACGUACAACUGUGGAAGACAUGGACGGAAUGAAAGAGCUUCUUCAGCUGGUCAUCCACUGCAUUGAUAAGGUCAAGAGGAUUAAACUGACCAAGGAGGCCAAGAUGAAGGCUGAGAAGAAUCGCCAGCGCAUGCACGAGUCGUACCUGAAGCAGACCCACUCCCAGCGACAGGAGGCCGCCCAGCUAAGGAGAGAGGAGAAGAGACGUACGGAAAAGGAACGCAUCAUGAAUGAAGAAGAUCCUGAUAAGCAGAGAAAGCUGGAGGAGAGAGAGAACCGCCGAGAGAUGAAGAGAAAACAACCCAAGAUGAAAAUGAUGAAAGUGAAAUCGAUGUGAGAGAAGAAUUUUUCCGGAAAGAAUUACAAUCCAGUGAUGAUAAGAAAAUACCAAGUUUGCCCGUACUUUCCUUAUGUGCUCCUGUUCUCAUAUUUGGGGUGUUAAAGUGGUGUUUUAUGUGCAGUGGCAAGAGAUUUUGAGUACCAGAGGCUUAAGUACCAAUAUUUUAAGAACAGGUCAUAAGUCCUCGAUCUUGUGGUCUUGAAAAAUCUGUUAACCGCAUGAAAAAUUGUGGCUCCCAGCAUUAUUUUUGAAAGCUGGAUUUUAUCCAAGCAACUGCAAACAAUUGAGCUAAAAAUACAUCUCAUGCACGUGAAUCAGCGAUAAAAUAUGUGGACACUUCUUAAUUUAGAUUUCUUAAAAUUGGGGACGACCAUAUUUAGAUCGACAAUGACGUCAGCUUUUCAGUAAACUGAUGACGUCAAACACAAAAGAAAUUUCUUUUGUUGAUGAAUCGUGGUCACAAUAGACAAAUCUGUACUUUUUUAACCUUUAAAAAUGUGGUUUACGUAUAUAAACUGAAAGGGAUUUAACAAAUUAAUACAUACAUUAAUACAUUUAGGUUUCCAUGGGUUUAGCAUUUGGUAGAACAUUUUAGUACUUUUAUAUUGGUAGUUCUUAUAAUAAAUCAUCUACUGACGGUUAGAACUAUGAGUUUGUUAUUUAGAUGUGAAGAAAACAUAACAGUAAAUCAAUAUGCAACGGUGGAUAGAAGGGAGGACAGCAGGCACGUUUUCCCUGCCUUAACUUUGAAGGAACCGCCCCUUUCUUCUCCAAAAUCUGCAAAAGAAGUGAUACGAAAAAAACAAAAAAACAAA